AUGAAACCUUUUAACAAUCCACCACUGGAAAAUCAAGGUAAAGAUGUUUUACAACAAGUUAUUGGACGUAGUCCUUCGGUUGAUCAACCAAUAAAAGAAAAAAACCAAAAAAAUGUGAAAAAACAUGGUAAUAAUAACACAAAUAAAAGGAAUAAGAAAAAAUCUGUAGAAAUUAAAAAAAAUGAUACCGGUAAACAACGUUCACAACUUUUGGAUACAUUUUCAUGGGCAGUUCUUGAAAAAGAAUUAAAUGGAUUAAAGAAAGAAUAUAAUGAAGAGGUUGCAAAAGUUAUACCAAAAAAAGAAGAAUGUGUUGCAUUUUAUUCACGUGAAGCAAUAGAUAAAAACAGAAAUCCAUAUAUUCCAUGCUUAGAUAUAUCAAGAUGUACUAUUACUUCAGCUCCACCAUCUGAAUCUUAUAUACAUGCAAAUUUUGUCUCCAGUCUUACUACACCAAAAAGAUUUAUAGCAACACAAGCUCCUUUAGAUAAUACUAUACUUGAUUUUUGGAGAUUAGUUCUUCAAGAGAAAGUAGAACAUAUAGUUAUGCUUUGUAAUUUUAAAGAAAAGAAUGUUAUAAAAUCUGCCGAAUAUUUUCCUUUAGAAGUUAAUGAACAUAAAAAUUUUGGUGAUAUAAAAAUUAUGCUUAUGAAAAAAUUUCCACUUCGUGCAGAUGAUAGUAUUAUGAGUUAUAAUCUUAACAUUUCUUACUCUAAACAAGAUCAUGCUGUAAAAAUUUACCAUUGGAAAAACUGGCCUGAAACUGGUCAUCCACCUAUUUCAGAUACUUCGUUAACAUUAUAUGCUGGUGUCUACACAUCAAAUUAUCCUGUUAUAGUUCAUUGUUCUUCUGGAGUUCGAAGAACUGGAAUUUGGAUUAUGUUUGCUUUAUUCAUGGAUAUUAUAAAUGAAGGUAAUAUUGAAAAUGAAUCAGCGUUAAAGUUGUCAAAAAAAUUUAGAAAACAACGUGCUGGAGCAAUUGUUAGUGAUGUAGAUUAUGUUUAUAUUCAUAGACUUAUAUUUCAACAGCUUUUAAAUAAACGUAUCAUUUUAUCAAGUCAAAGACUCUUAGAAUUCUUUGAUGAUUAUGAGACAGCAGCCAAAAAAUCAGAAAAACUUGAGAAAGCCAAUAAGCAAAAUUAUACAAUUGGAAAUGAUGAAAUGAAUGCUCAACUUUCUCCUAUGCCAAAUCCUGCCCCAAGUACACCACUAAAUCCUUCAUAA